AUGUCAGAAGAGAAUAAUACAGUCGUUAUCCUAGUUGGUGGUGGUCAUGCUGCUGGGAAAAAAACAGUUUGUGAAAGAAUAAAGUCAAAUUUUUUAGAAAAUUUAAAUGCAAAUAUCGAAAUAGAAAUAUUUGAUCUAGAUGUUUAUAUUAAGGAUCAACCCGAAAUUCCAUAUGGUCCAACGAGGUUUGAUUGCUCAAAAUUAUUAAAUGAAAUUGAACUUUUUGAAAAAAAAUCAGAUAUCAAGAAACUUAUACUAGUUCCUGGGUUAUAUUCUUUAUAUGAUAGAAGGUUAAGAAACAUUGCAUCCAUGAAAUUGUUCAUAGAUUGUGAUGCUGAUACAAGACUGACUAGAUGGAUAACAGCAGAAACACUAAAUGGUGAAACCAAAUUAGAAGAUCUUUUAGACAACUACGUGAAUAGAGCUAGGCCUGAAUUCAAUGAAUUUAUUCAACCAACUAAAGAAUUUGCAGAUGUUAUUCUACCAAAUGAUGAAGAAAUUAAUGGUAUUUCAUUGAUUUGUGAUGGUAUUCAACCUUUAUUCAAUCAAUCAUCUUUAUCAAAAUCAGGUAAAACUUUAUAUCCAAGAUUUGGGUUUGAUUCAGAAUCAUCAAGUACUUUAAAUCUUCAAGCUGAAGCCUUUAAUGGUCAAAAAGAUAGAUUUUAUGAUUUGACCUAA